AAGUAUCCACCGAUUCGCAUUCCAACAGCACUGGCUUCGAAUCGCAAGUCGCAACGCCCCUCUCUCUCCACCUCUCCCUCUCUCUAGCGCCUUUUCUCGAGGGGCUCAUCCGCACCACUUUUCUGACCAUUCUCGCCGGAAAACCCACCGGAGAUUAAACUCCGACCAUUCUCCGUCGAUAAACUCAAACUGUUGUAACCAUCCGAACCCCUACUUUCGACCGUUGGGGGGAUUGAGAGUGAUAGAGGGAGAGAGCUCUCUCAAAAGCCAUACGCCACAUAAGCCGGUCCGCGUUCAUGGUGAUACGGUGUCGUUUCACUGGAAGGCCGAUGAGACGACGCCGUUUGGCGGUGCGAUUUUGAAUUGGGACAGGGGGCGUGUAUAAGUCAGGGGUAUGGGGAAGGUGGCGCUCGAAUUGGCGGUUGGGGUGGCGGUGGCAGCGUGUGCGGUGGCGACAGUGGUGGUGGGUCGGAGGAUAAGGAGCAGAAGGAAGUGGAGCAGAGUGGUUGGUGUUUUGAAGGACCUCGAGCAGAGCUGUGAAACCACAGUGGGGAGGUUGAGGCAGGUGGUGGACGCCAUGGCGGUGGAGAUGCACGCCGGUUUGGCCUCUGACGGUGGCUCCAAACUCAAAAUGCUGCUCACUUUUGUGGAUAAACUACCCAGUGGGAGUGAGAAAGGAACUUAUUAUGCACUAGAUCUUGGCGGUACUAACUUUAGGGUCUUGCGGGUUAAGCUUGGAGGUACGAGGUCCUCUACCCUGGAACAUGAUGUGUGUCGACAAGCCAUUCCUCAGGAUUUGAUGACUGGGACAAGCGAGGAUCUAUUUGAUUUUAUUGCUUCAUCAUUAAAGGAGUUUGUUGAAAGAGAGAGAGAUGUUUCUAAGCUUUCACUGGACAGAAGAAGGGAGCUUGGAUUUACGUUCUCUUUUCCCGUGAAACAAAUUUCUGUUUCAUCGGGCACUUUAUUAAAAUGGACAAAAGGGUUUGCGAUUGAAGACAUGGUUGGAAGAGAGAUUGCGGGAUGCUUGGAGAAAGCAAUGACCAGGAAGGGUCUGAAUAUGAGGGUGGCAGCACUUGUCAAUGACAGUGUGGGAACAUUAUCACUUGGACAUUAUCACGAUACAGACACUGUUGCUGCAGUAAUAAUUGGAACCGGUACUAAUGCCUGUUAUUUGGAAAGGAUAGAUGCUAUAAUUAAGUCUCAAGGGCUCCUUACAGCAUCUGGAGGCAUGGUUGUCAACAUGGAAUGGGGAAAUUUUUGGUCUUCUCAUUUACCAAGAACUGUGUAUGAUAUUGAAUUAGAUGCUGAUAGCCCUAAUCCAAAUGAUCAGGGUUUUGAAAAAUUGAUAUCGGGAAUGUACCUGGGCGAUGUUGUGAGAAGAGUGAUUGUCAGGAUGUCAACGGAGUCGGAUAUUUUUGAGCCUAUAUCUUCCAAGUUAUCUAUGCCUUUCAUUUUGAGGACACCAUUGAUUGCUGCAAUGCAUGAGGAUGACACUCCUGACUUGGAGGAAGUAGGAAGCAUUUUAAGAGAUAACCUUGAGAUUCCUGAUGUCCCUCUAAAAGUCCGAAAGCUCAUAGUCAAGGUGUGUGACGUUGUGACUCGCAGGGCUGCUCGAUUGGCAGCUGCUGGUAUUGUAGGGAUCUUGAAGAAAAUUGGUCGUGAUGGGAGUGGUGGAAUCACCGGUGGAAGAAGUAGAAGCGAUCACAGAAUGAGAAGAACGGUUGUGGCGAUGGAGGGGAGUUUGUAUACAGGCUACACAAUGUUUAGAGAGUACUUACAUGAAGCAUUGACGGAAAUUUUAGGCGAAGAUAUUGCCCAGCAUGUCGUACUCAAGGUUACUGAAGACGGAUCAGCCAUGGGAGCAGCCCUCCAGGCUGCUGCAUAUUCAUCCUACCCUGUGGAUAGCGUACAGUUGCAAUGAUUAUGUAUAUAUAAUUUAUAUAUAUAUAUAUAUAUAUAUAUUCAUAUAGCCUCUGUAAAUGUAGAAUUCUUUUUUCCAUAGUUGAUAUCUGUUUGUAUAGAAGAAAUGUUUGUCCAUAUUUUCUUUAUUUAUUUUUUCUAUAUGUUUAUGCUGGAAAUGGAAAUGGAAAUUGUUGUA